GGUUAAUAAAAAAUUCGCAACAGAAUGAAUGCGGUUCGGGCAUCAUUUAAGUUCCGUGGCUUGAUGGCACCGGUCUUCAAUUCAUUCAAGAAUGAUCCCUCCCAGAGCAUAAACUACGGUGUAAUUGAUCCCUAUGCCAAAUGGCUCAAGAACAAAGGUGUUCAGGGUGUGCUAGUCAAUGGAACAACCGGCGAGGGGAUGUCCCUCAGCGUCCCUGAACGCCAGGGAGUUGCUGAAGAGUGGCAAAAGGCAUGCAAAAAGUACGGAAUGACGCUCAUGGUGCAAAUUGGAGGAGCUCCUUUUGUGGAUGUUGCUGAACUGGCCAAACAUGCGGAAGAACUAAAAGUUGAUGCGAUUCUGUGCCUUCCCGAACUGUAUUUUAGGCCUAAAAAUGAAAAGGAUCUCGUUCGGUAUAUAGGGAAUGUGUCCAAACAUUGCUCCAGGACGCCUCUUUUCUACUAUCACUUCCCAAUGAUGAGCAAAGUUGAAGUUUCAAUGCCAAAAUUCCUCGAUUUAGCUGAGAAGGAGAUUGAAAACAUUGUUGGAAUCAAAUUCAGUUCCCCAGAUUUGGCUGAAGGAUCAGCUUGUCUCAAGCUUAAUAGAUUUAUCUUCCUGGGAAAUAAUAUGAUCUUCUGUGGAGCCCUUGCUCAAGGAUUUGAUUGCAGUAUUAUGACUUCCCUGAACAUCUGCCCGGAAUUGGCCAUUGAGAUCUUCCAAUCAAUGAAGAAGGGAGACAUCCUCAAUGCCAGUGUGAAGCAAAAGGAAUUAUCUGGAGUCUAUGACAGGAUUCUUAAGGACAGUGCAAACUCCAUCACAGCGCUGAAAAAGGAAUUCCAUCGUGUUUCUCAGAUUGAUAUUGGAGUCCCAAGGAUACCAAAUUAAAAUUCUUUCUCCUCCAAUUUGAAAGAAAAAUGUUUUGAAAAAAUAAAUCUAUAUUAAAAUGUUCCAA